CUGUUCGUGUGCGAUGAUUACGUAUGAAGGCUUUAGUACUCUUUACAGAGGAGCUGUAUUCAUUUCUGAUUUUUUUUCUUUAUUUACUUGGAUUGGCAUAUGCAAAUGAAAAAUAAAUCAAUAGUAUGAAAUUUUGACACAACUGAACAAAGGUGGGAUGGAACCAGUCAGUGUAAAGGCAUUAGGAAGGCCCUUUCUUCGUUUUUCAUUUCCUCCUCGUAAAAAAGUUUUUUUUCUUCUUAUAGUGAAUUAAAGUGAUGCUUCCUAGAAAACAUGAAGUGGACGUAGAGAACUGAAGAAAAAACAAUUUCACAACAUAAUGAAAACUUCUUUCGGAAAUACAGUUGGGUGAAAGACGAAAAAAGUGAUAAAAGGAAGAAAGAAAAAGAGAAAAGCAUUGGCAGAAACGCAUUCAGAUCGCCUCUGACGCGUCAGAAAAACAAAUUCGCAACAAGAUGCGCGAGGAAGGCGGGCAAUGUGAUAGCUGUGGUUACUACCUCAAGAAUAUAAUCAAAUUCCUCAUCAGCCACAUAGGCCUCGUCUCGCUGGUCAUAGGCUACACCAUCGUGGGAGCCUUCACCUUCGAGAGACUCGAGGCCGAGCAUGAACUCCAAAUCAAGAAGAACAUGUCGUCCGUGAGACUCAAGGUGACGGACGACCUGUGGGUCAUCACGGACGACAUGAAGGUCCUGAACGAGAGCAUGUGGGCGGCGUCGGUGCGAGAGCGGCUCAAGCUGUUCGAGCGUUCCCUCAUCAGCGCCAUCAAGAACGACGGCUGGGACGGCUCCGAGGACCUCAAUACGCAGCAGUGGACCUUCGCCGGCGCGCUCUUCUACUCCAUCAUCCUCAUCACCACCAUCGGUUACGGGCACAUCGCACCCAAGACCGACUGGGGUAAGGUGAUCACCAUCUUCUACGCCAUCCCCGGGGUGCCCCUCAUGAUGCUGUGCCUGGCUAACAUCGGAGACGGCAUGGCGCACUCCUUCAGGUUCCUCUACUGGAAGGUGUGUUGCUACGCGUGCACCAAGAAGCCCAAGAAGAAGAGAAGAGCGAGAUCGAUGCGCGGCUCUCGGAGGUACCCGAGCCAGCAGGGAAGCCAAAGGGCGCGAGCCUCCUCCUUCAGAAGGUCCAACAGAGCCUCCGAGAAGUCCGCGGAUUCACACCUCAGUGACUCUGCCUUCUACACGUCCUCUUAUUCAGACCCCGAUUACAAGAUGUACGACGACAUGGUUGAAGCUGACAUGCGAGGGCUGCAGAGCAAUCGCCCUUCGGGGAGAAGCCAGCAGACGAGAGCGUCGCAAAACUCUAAGGGAUCUGACCUCCUCACUCCGCCGCCCAAGGAGGGAGCGCAGGACGACGGAAGGCUCGCAGUGCUGUUCAACAAGUACGCGCUUGAGCAGGAAGGCCUGUCGCCCGAAAAUGACCAGAGAUCUCCGGACCGAGAGGACGCCGCCGAAACGAGGCCGGACCGAGACGGCAAGGCAAGGCGCAGCCGACGCGACGACGCAGAGCUCCCGGUGACGCACCAGCCGCGCAGCCAGCGAGCGCCCCCGCCCGCCGCCGAGGCCCAGGGCUACUUGGACUCCCCCCCGCUGCCCAGGUCGCCCCGCCACUCUGACAGGUACUCACGCCACAUGCCUCCUCAGCAUGACCCCAGGAGUCGUCUCUCCCGUUUAGAUGAAGAGUACUACUACGACGACGACUACGACGACGACUACGACGAUGAGGAGGAAGACGACAUGGGCGGCGACAAACCGGUGCCCAUCUGGCUCGGAGUGAUGCUGGUCUUCGCGUACAUCCUGGCGGGCGCUUUCCUGUUCGCCGGCUGGGAGGGCUGGGGCUUCCUCGACUCCGUCUACUUCUGCUUCAUCACUCUGACGACGAUAGGCUUCGGAGACUUCGUGCCGGCGCAGGACCUGAAGGUGGACGUAGAACUGAGCAUCGCUCUGUGCUCCAUCUACCUGCUGUUCGGCAUCGCCCUCUUGGCCAUGAGCUUCAACCUCGUGCAAGAAGAGGUCAUAAGCAAGGUCAAGAACAUGGCCAGAAGACUCGGUAUUCUCAAAGACGAAGGAGAAGAAGACGACGAUGACUAACGGGGUCGAAAGAGAAUGUACCCAUGUUCUUAGUCACAUAAUGUACACUACAGACUCACUCACGGACACCCACAGAGACACGCUUGACGACUGUGUCAUUAGCAUAAUGAAGACCAACAGUGUAAUCUUAAUGGGAUUACACUAUUUCCUCUAUAUAUGUUGGCAAAGAAUGCAUAGUUUGUAUGCGGGAUAUAUACUGUAAAAAUAAAGCAGGUUGAUAAAUAAGGUUGUUGCUUGUAAGAAAAUAGUGCAGAUGAAGAGGGGUAUGAUGUUAUGGUUACCAGACAACAAUACAAUAUUUAUGAUGCAUAAAUUGUUGUUAUGAUUUCCAAUAUCGUCAUAACCACCAUCGUGCCAUGUAUAAACAUGCUGUAUAUUAUGUUUGUUAAAAUGUUCAUACAUGUAAUCACUGAAUGUCUUCAAAUAUUACAAAGUAUAAAUAAGUUGAUUGCUGCCGUUACCUUGCCAGUGUGUGUGCUUAAUGCGUAUGCAUACAUCAACACAAAUGAUGAAGCCUAUGGUGUGGAUGUGUGUGCAUGACAGUGCUUGGCAAUCGUAAUUACGGAGAGAGUGAGCGAAAGUUCAAUCAAUAGGUUCGAAAAAUGAGCGACAGUUGAGAGAUAGUACUUCAGGCAGCGAAAGAAUCACAUGAUAUGCUGAACAUAAGGUAUGUUGAAAGUAUGAGGAAGGUUUGUACAUCACUAACCAACAGGAAUAAUGUACGCCGGGGUGGGAGCGGGUGAGUAGAGCCACAUGUAUGUCAAAGGUUUGCCCAAGCUCUGAAUACCAUCAUGUAUAACGGUGGUUGCUAACUGGUGUUCUGAAGAACUGUUGAUGCUGAUACAGUGCUAUUAUGCUGAUGCAAGUGUUUUUCCUUGGGGAAACUUACAAUUACAAAGUACAAGAUGAGUUUGGCUUAUUGGUGUAUGUAAAUGUAAGCAGGUAAAUAAAUGGCGGUCAAUAUGCCGCUUUGUUGAUAAAACAGCUACACUCACACGUUUUUUACUCAAGGCAUGUACUGGACUUAACCGGCAUGAUUUUAACAUUAUCGCCAAAUACUUCAGGCAAUCCAUCAUCGGGACAGUGCUAAAAUGAGGAUAGAUAUAUAGAGAGAGCAAGAUCAAAAGAGAGAGCGAGAGAGAGAGAGAGAGAGAGAGAGAGAGAGAGAGAGAGAGAGAGAGAGAGAGAGAGAGAGAGAGAGAGAGAGAGAGAGAGAAAGAAAGAGAGAGAGAGAGAGAGAGAGAGAGAGUCCUGUUCGUGAGUGCCUUCAGACUCCCCAGUGUACCUCCCUGAGCCGGGACAGACGAUACCAGAAGGUGCACAUGGAGAGAUAGCAAAAGUUGAAAGUCACCAAGAAUAUUAACAAAACAUGAUAAAAGGCGUUUUCGUUUUUUUUUUUUUUUUGUAGAAUAUUGCGAGACAUUUAUAUGGGAUGACGUAUUACAGUCCACAGACAAGGCCUAUGAGACACAGAGCAGCAGCAUACGAGGUGUACAGUGUUAAGGUUGGCUACAAAGAGGUGGCCAAUAGGUCGUCCCAACAUACCUUGGACGUGGAUAGUACAGCGAUAAAACACUCCAGUACCAUUAUUGUUGGGAAUAAACUCUCUUUUUCUAUAUGUAUGUAUAUAUGGGCCUUAUUGACAUGUUUAAUUUAUUUCUGGAGUCUAUCAAUAUGUGCAAAAUAGCCAUUUCGGCUCGUUGGGUAUAUUAGGUAUAUGGUUAUAUCAAUGGGAUGUAGAUGUCAAUUUAAUCAAAAUACAUUUAUCAGAAGUACCUAUCUAAGUAAAAAUGCAGUAAUAAAAUAAAAAAAAUAGUAAACUUAUUUGAUACGGAUUACGAAAUGUUCUGUAAAUUGCCGUUGGAAACACUUCGUCCGUAUUUCACAGUUUACGAGCACAGGAUUAUGAUCACAAAAAGGGAAAGGGUAAUGAUUUUUUUAUUUUCUUUUUUGACAUCAUAUGUGCUCUUAGUGCAAACAUAUAUAUUCAUUUACAUAUAUUCCUUUUUCAGACAUGCAUUUAUAUUUCUUGUAAGAAGUAUAUUUAUGGUUGUAUGUUAAGCGGACCUACUCUCACUUUGAAAAUCGCUAAAUUACGAAAGUUUCGGUCAGUAUCGAGGAAAUCUGAAUCAAGAAUACACGGUUCACAAAAACAAACGAAAUAUGUUCCCAAAACUCUGUUCCAUAGAAUCUUAUCAGUUUGGUAAUUUCGUGAUUUUCCUGUUUAGCCUGUAACUUUCCUGAUGGUAUUUGUUUUAACUUAAGGUCCUUGGUGGGAUGAUUUCCAAGUCCUCUUCGAUUGUGCGUGAUGUAGUUCUCUGUACUUAAAGUAGAUCGACUUCUUUUCGUCAAACCUGAAUUCAUGCAGGUGCCAGUAUUACGUGACAGAUGUCAGUAUGUUGUUGACGGUGUAUUUUUUUCAUCCAAAUAUAAAAUGAUCAAAGUGCCCCACA